AUGCCGAAGAUUAAAUGGUCAAAGGGAGAGCUGGUGCUAGAUGAGCGUGACAAGAGGAACAAAGUCGAGAGCAAUGACUACCUGACAGUGAUGACAAUAGACUCUUGUGAAAUCAGUGACAGUGGACAAUACACAAUUUCGCUAGAAAACUCUAUGGGCAAGGAUAGCGCUACCGUAAAGUUACGAGUAGUGGAUCGUCCAGGUGCACCUGUCGGACCACUUGAAAUCACUGACAUUGCUCCCGAUUGCUGCACCUUAUCGUGGAAUCCUCCAAAAACCGAUGGUGGAUCACCAAUCACCAACUAUGUUUUGGAGAAGAUGUGCCUCAAAGGUGUCGAGCCAGUCUGGGAGAAAGUCUCGUCGUUUGUGAGGAAUACGACCUACACAGUAUCCAAUCUACUUGAGGGAGAAAUGUACAAAUUCCGCGUUCGCGCCGAAAACCAGUUCGGUGUUUCUGAGCCUCUUGAGAAUCCAGACCCGAUAACUGCGAAGUACCAGUUCAAUGUUCCUAGUCAACCUGAACCACCUGUCGUUCGCGAUAUGGACGCCACCUGGGCUGAGGUUGAGUGGGAUCCGCCUGCGAAUGGAGGCUCAAAGAUCAUCGGUUACCAAGUACAGUACCGUGACGCUCUGUCAGGCAAAUGGAUCAACGCCAGCAACGACCUGGUGACAGGAACCACACUACGCGUCAACAAUCUCCGCGAAAACGGAGAGUACGAGUUCAGAGUGAGUGCGAAAAACGCUGCUGGCUUCUCCAAGCCAUCAGCACCUUCGGAUCGCGUCAAACUGAAGGCCAAGUUCGGGCCUCCUGGACCACCGAGCCAGGCAAACGCCACUUCAAUCGGACGCAACCAUGUCACGCUUACUUGGGUGCCUCCAAUCGACGAUGGUGGAUCUCCAAUCACCGGCUAUAUCGUCGAGCAACGUGAAUAUGGAAGCACCUUGUGGAGCAAGGUCAGCGACUACAAUGUUCGCGACCCUGAAUUCACUGUGCCUGGUCUGAAAGAGUUCCACGACUACGAGUUCCGAAUUAUUGCUAUCAAUCAAGUCGGAAAGGGAGUGCCGUCAUUGCCAACAUCACCCAUUAAGAUUCAAGAUCUGAACGGAUCACGACCAAUGAUUGUUGUGAAACCAGAAGACACUGCUCAGCCUUACAACAGACGUGCGGUCUUCGUAUGUGAAGCUGUAGGCCGUCCCGAACCUGUAUGCAGGUGGAUGAGAAACGGACGAGAGCUACCCGAAAGCACACGAUAUCGUUUCGAAGCUCAUGACGGAAGCUACAGAUUCACCAUCAAAGAAGUGUGGGACAUUGAUGCCGGAGAGUACACCUGUGAAGUUUCGAACGUGUACGGUAGUGAUACAGCUACAGCAAAGCUCAUUGUACAAGCUCCACCUGUUAUCGAGAAAGAUGUGCCGAACACGAUCUUGCCCAUGGGAGAAAUGGUCCGGCUGAAGAUCUACUUCUCCGGAACACCACCAUUCAAGCAUGUCUUAACACUGAACAAGGAAGAAGUCGAUUCUGAGCACACAUCCAUUCGUACGGUCGAUUUCGAUGACCAUAUACUCAUUACGAUCCCAUCACUUUCAACCCGUGAAGCUGGACGAUACGAGUACAUAAUCAGCAAUGACAGCGGAGAAGCUUCAACCGGAUUCUGGCUGAAUGUGACAGGGCUUCCAUCGGCGCCACAAGGACCACUGCACUUCAGCGAAAUUGGUUUGCACCAAGUUGGUCUGUCUUGGCGACCACCCGUGAACGACGGCGGCUCCAAGAUCACCAACUAUGUUGUUGAGAAGAGAGACUUGGCAAAGGAAGAAUGGACGGUUGUCGCUUCUAGUGUUCGCGAUCUAAACUUCAUGGUACAAGGACUGUUUGACAACCACGAAUAC